GGCUGUACCGCUGGAAUGCUGACGCUGAUAGACGCACACAGGCAGCAUCGGAGCAGCGGGUACCCGUAACCCUGGCUGACCUCAUUCACAGCGGUCCACCUGCCCCUUUCCCCCUCCAUGGCCGCCGCCGCCGCCUCUCGCGCCGCCGGCCGCCUCCUUUCCCCCCGUCUCCUCAUCGCCUCGCGCCAUCUCCAAGCAAGUGCCUCGGAGGGAUCGGCGAGGGAUGCGUCCACGAGCUUCAUCCACCCCGCCGCCGUCGUCCACCCCGACGCCGCCAUCGGCCAGGGUGUCACAAUAGGCCCAUUUUGCACCGUGGGGGCUUCAGCGAGGAUCGGUGAUGCUUGUCAGUUACAUACAGGGAGUCAUGUCACGGGACACACCGAGCUAGGAGAAGGAUGUGUUGUUCACACUGGUGCUAUUCUUGGUGCAGAUCUACCUGGACGAACAAUUAUUGGGGAAAAUAAUGUAAUUGGGAACUAUGCUGUGGUUGGUGUUAAGUGCCAAGAUCUCAAAUAUAAGCCAGGAGAUGAAUGCUUUCUACGCAUUGGUAACAACAAUGAGAUCAGAGAGUACUGCUCUAUUCACCGAUCUUCUAAACCUUGUGACUGCACGGUUAUUGGUGACAAUAAUCUCAUAAUGGGGUCCUGCCAUGUAGCACAUGACUGCAAGAUUGGCAGCAAUAACAUCUUUGCUAAUAAUACUCUAUUUGGUGGCCAUGUUAUUGUUGAAGACUGCACUCAUACUGCUGGGGCUGUCGUUGUCCAUCAAUUUUGUCACAUUGGAUCAUUCUCAUUUCUAGGCGGAGGCUCUGUGGUUGCACAAGAUGUUCCAAGAUACACAAUGGUUGCAGGUGAUAGAGCAGAGCUUCGUGGUCUGAAUCUUGAAGGUCUCAGGCGCAACGGUUUCUCAGACCAAGAGGUACGGAGCCUAAGGAAAGCAUAUAGGAAAGUAUUUAUGCCAGCCAGUAGUUCCCAGAGUAACUUUGAAGACCGACUCGCUGAACUGGAACGGGAAAUUGAGCUAUUGGAAUCUCCCUCUGUAUCCUAUAUGGUGGAAUCUAUUCGCACCUCAUUUGACCAAGGACGUCGUGGAAUUUGCAAAUUCAGAAGUUGGAACAUCUCAUAAGUUACAGCCCACCUGACUCUAUGGAAUGCUCAGUUUCAAUUCUCGUUGUUCUUCUAUACCCGAUGCAUGGAUACACCUUACAGACAGCGAGUGACCUAGUGCCAGUCAAUCCAGAUGAAACCUGGGUUGUGGACAAGAUGAUUGUCGCACCGAUUAUAGGGAAGUUUUUUGUAAUACCUAUACUAGUUUUCUUGCCUCCUGGAUGUACAAUCCUUGUACUAUAGCUCAUAGUUGUAAGCUACAAUUCGACAUGGCCUUUAUUUUGUUCAGAGAUGUCUUUGGAUCUCAGGCUCGAAGCUGUAAGAUCUGGAUGCCGUUAUUGUGGAGAUGCACAUAGUCACUGUUUGUAUC